CAGCUGGCAAAACUUAUCAGAACAGUUAUCUAGGUCGGAGUUUGCUUAUGUAGCUAAUUGUCACAACAAAAUAAUAUUUAUGUGGUAUGGAUUCGAAAAGUUCAGUUAAGAUGGAAUUAGUUGACACAAAUGGAAAGAGUAAGAAAUUAUAAUUAUAAAUAUUUAUUUUGGGAAUGUUCAGAAAACACGAAACGCAAAAUUAGUCAUUUUUUUACACAUCCCUCGUAGAGGGAUAUAGUCCAUUUUUACACCCCAUUUUUUUAACUGAUCAAGGGGACCAGUAACACAACAGCCUAACCCCUCCCCUGCUUUGCGUUACGUAUUUUAUGAGCUUUCCCUCUAAUAAAAAUAGGUCAAUUAAUAAAUACUUUGUAGGACGCCCAAACUUUUCCACUAAGGAAUGUGAGGCUUUGGUCGACACCGUUGGACUUCACUACGAUGCACUCUUUGGAAGAUUUAGUUCAACCUUGACCAACAAUCGGAAAAAUGAGCUAUGGGAUGAUGUCACCGAAAAAGUUAAUGCUGUCUCUUCCGUUAACAUUCCUAGAAGCGUAGCCGAGGUGAAAAAGAAGUAUCAAGUUUUGAAAAGUAGCGUGAAAAAAAUCGAGACCAACAAUUCGAAUGAAAUGAAAAAAACUGGAGGAGGGUCUGCGAUUCUACAACCCCAAAAUACCGUAGGAGAGAAAAUUUUGGCACUUGUUCCACGGGUCGAAAUUUCAGGAAUUGAGGGUGGAAUCGACAUUAGUAAAAUGUCGACCGUUGAUACUGCGCCAUUAAACUUGAUCUCGGUAACGGGCCUCAUCCCAAUUGGAGACACGGGCUCAAGAACAAACAAACCGGCUGAUGCUUCGGAAGAAAAUGCUCCACAUUUUUUCAAGAAACAAACGAAACGUCCUCUGGAAACUACUCUUUUCGCAUUACAAGCUAAACAAGUUAAAUUAUUGGAGACUCAAACAAUGCAACUGGCACAAAUAGUUGAUUUAUUGGCGGAGCGAAACUCAAUUGAAAAGGAGAAGCUACAAAUUAUGAAAAAUAAUUAAUCCUCAUCAUUCAUUUCUCUAAUUAUUUGAU